AUGGUUUGCAUUUUGCAUCUCAUACUUGCGGUCGUUUGGAUUGUGGUUGGAGAUAAAAAUUCUACAAAUGUCUACAGAUAUGUCAGCCCUCCAAGCUGCAGGAAAGAUGUGGCAAAUAUCAAGGUAUAUGGACAGCAAUAUGUGUCAACAAAAAGUGCUUGCGCCAUCGCUUGUUCGGCGAACACGCCCCGCUGUGUUGGAUUCAACUACAUUGAAGUCAAUUCAGGGGAAGAUUCAUGUGAAUAUGUUGACGCAAAAUCCGACGAGAAUAGCACCAAUUUGGUUUACCGCCAUGGAUAUCGCUACUUUGAACAGUUGGAGAUGUCAGAGCAGCAAGUCACCUGUUCUCGAUCUACUCCUUAUCCUGUGUAUACCUACGUCCCUAUCAGUCUGUCACACGCAGCAGCAACUGCACACUGCCGGGAGAACGGGGCUCACCUUGCAACAGCGGAGACUAGGAAAAAGUUAAUGGAUUUACACGCGUUUUGGCAGCAAGUUCCAGGGUCAGUCGAUAAAAUUUGGUUGGGAGCAGACGACAUCGCCCAAGAUGGCGAUUGGCGGUGGAACGCUGCAAAUGGAGAUCCGGUGGACUAUUCAGAAUGGCACCCAAGUGAGCCGAACGGCGGAGCUGGAGAAAACUGUAUGGAGCUCUACUCAGACGGAACAUGGAACGAUAAGUCGUGUAGCAAUACCAGAUCCUUCCUCUGUGAAGGAUAG